UCUGCUUCACUCCUUCUCUCUCUAAAGCAAACUGCGGCUCAACCACUCCGCCGGCCGUUCCCGCCAAAACCCAGUUUUCUCAUUGCCUUUUGCUGCCGUCCGUUCAUUUUCCUUCUUUCCAUCUCCUUAUCUACCGAAUAUUAUUUGGCCUUUGGGAUCUUCCAACUCAAGGCGAUGGAUACCUCGUCUGUGCUUUUUAACCAGCUCAAGGGUGCUGAGCCAUUUUUCUUAUUAGCUGGUCCCAAUGUUAUUGAAUCCGAAGAUCAUAUUCUAAGGAUGGCUAAACACAUCAAGACUAUUGCUACCAAGCUUGGGUUGCCUCUGGUUUUCAAGUCAAGCUUUGACAAAGCUAACCGAACGUCCUCCAAAUCAUUUCGUGGUCCAGGAAUGGCUGAAGGCUUGAAGAUUCUUGAGAAAGUUAAAGUAGCAUAUGACAUUCCUAUUGUAACUGAUAUCCAUGAAACUAUUCAGUGUGAACCGGUUGGAAGAGUUGCUGAUAUUAUUCAGAUUCCUGCAUUUUUAUGUCGUCAGACAGAUCUUCUAGUUGCUGCAGCCAAGACUGGAAGAAUCAUCAAUAUCAAGAAAGGCCAGUUCUGCGCUCCUUCUGUCAUGGUAAAUUCUGCAGAGAAGAUUAGAUUGGCUGGGAAUCCAAAUGUGAUGGUUUGUGAGAGAGGCACCAUGUUUGGCUAUAAUGAUUUGAUUGUUGAUCCACGUAAUUUGGAGUGGAUGAGGGAAGCAAAUUGCCCUGUGGUAGCAGAUAUCACACAUUCAUUGCAACAGCCAGCUGGAAGAAAGUUGGACGGUGGAGGUGUAGCCAGUGGAGGCCUUCGUGAACUUAUACCAUGCAUUGCAAGGACUGCAGUUGCUGUUGGAGUGGAUGGAAUUUUCAUGGAGGUGCAUGAUAAUCCUCUGAAUGCACCAGUCGAUGGUCCAACUCAAUGGCCUCUACGCCAUUUGGAGGAACUUCUGGAAGAGCUAAUGGCAAUAGCUAGGGUAAGCAAAGGGAAGCAACGCUUCAACAUUGAUCUCACACCAUAUCAUGAUUAGGAAGGUUUCCAGAGUUCUCUAAGUGGGUAAGCAGGUGAUUGUUUUCCAUUUCAAGCUCGUUUCGGUACAAGAACAUGACAAUCGUCCAUAGACAUAAGCGUUGUUGUGUACAUUUCAGCCAGGAUUGAUUCUUGAAUGUUGCCACUGUGAGUUGUUAGUACUACAUGAUUGCUCUAUAAAUGCAUUUGUAGAUUAGGAUGAAAUUAUGAACAUAUUAGGCUAAAUGGUUGUAAUUGUAUCUAGGAUUUCGCUCACAGAUGGUGUAUGCACAUUCAAUCUAAGUCUACGUAGACAAUUAUUUGUUAUUAGUCAUCGCUUGAAAAAACUUGAUUUGAAUGAUGAUUUUAAUAAUAAAUAAUUUUCAUAUGAAUAUUUUAUGUUGUUCUA